UCCGUUCAUGUAAAUAGUCCGGUAGAAACAAGGAGUCGCGUGCUUACAAAACUUUUACCCCACGUACUAAUGUAGCUAACGACAGCUGGUCAGUCAGAGGCAUUAGCUAACAAACAGAGCAAACAUGGCUGCGCCCACUCGACACACAGGACCGUCAACCUCUAACUCGACUGGGUUUGAAGGCUUUCCUUUCCCAUUUGCCAGCAAGUCACCCGAGGACAGCUCUACUAAAGAGCAAACGCAGACUGUGGACGUGAAAAAGAAGCCAUGUAGAGCCUGCACAGACUUUAAAUCGUGGAUGAAGUUACAGAAACAGGUGACAGCUUCUGCACAGGAGACCCAUGCUAAGGAAACAGAGCAACAAGACCCACAGUGUCCACUGGACAGGGAAGAGUUGGGCCGAAGCACCUGGUCCUUUCUGCACACCAUGGCAGCAUAUUACCCAGAUCGGCCAACAUCCACCCAGCAGCAAGAGAUGGGACAGUUCAUCAACCUUUUGUCCAAGUUCUUCCCCUGUGAGGAAUGUGCAGAAGAUCUCAGGGGCAGAUUAAAAACCAAUCAGCCUGACGCGAGCAGCCGCCACGCUCUUUCUCAGUGGCUUUGUCAUCUUCAUAAUGAUAUAAAUGUCCGGCUGGGAAAGCCUGAGUUUGACUGCUCUCAUGUGGAUGAGAGAUGGAAAGAUGGAUGGAAAGAUGGUUCCUGUGACUAAGCGUUUCUUUGCUAAAGGACUAAAGGACAAGGCUGCAUCAAUAGAGGGAAAUAUCCACCUCGUAAUGCAAAAUGCAACGACAAAACUUACUUGAAAUCUAAAAUAUCUUUCUUGCUCUGGUGGUGUAACUAAUGAAGUCAUUUAAUAAAGACUGAAAGAACAAACGAGUAUUCUGUGUUUAUUUUUUCUGCUUUAUUCGUAUAGUGCCAAUGCACAACAAUGUCAUCUCAUGGCUUUUUACAGGCAAAACCACUUCAAGCCAAUUAUUUGUGAUCCAAUCAGUGUUCACUCAAGUGGAUUAAUAAAAAAUAAUAGCCUAGCUAAGGAAACCAACGGACUGCAUCAAAUCUUGUCUUUUGAAUUGACAUGGAAAUAACUGCCUAUUCAUUUUCAAAACUGGCAUUUCUACCUGUAAAAUCCUACAUUAUUGCUUCCUACUGAAUUUUUCUUUGUAAUGCCACUGCUAGCUUGUCAGGGUUGUG